AUGUCCAACGAGGACAAUUCCCCACCUCCGGUUGUCCUAGACAACGGCACCGGGUACGUCAAGUGCGGAUUCGCAUCUGCGGAGGAAUCACCUCCGAUCGUGUUCCCAUCCUGCGUCGGGAGAAGAGUCGUCCGGUUCGAGGAAGCGCUUGAUAAUUCUUCCCAAAACAGCAGCCUCACGGUCGUCGGUCAAGAGUGCAUCGACAACCGCCAAAAUUACGAGGUGUCGUACCCGAUAAAAAACGGCAUCGUCACUUCUUGGCAAGAUAUGAUUUUAGUUUGGGAGCACGCGAUUUACGACGAGUUGAAGUUGACGCGAGAGGAGAUUGGCGAGCGAACGAUUUUGCUCACCGAGGCGCCUCAAAAUCCGAUAAAAAAUCGAGAGAAAAUGGUGGAGAUUAUGUUUACACAUUUCGGGUUUAAAGGCGUGUUCGUGCACGUGCAAGCGGUGCUGACGUUGUACUCGCAAGGGUUAAUGACCGGGUUAGUGCUCGAUAGCGGAGAUGGGGUGUCGCACGUCGUUCCGGUUAUCGACGGAUUUACGAAGAGACAAGCGACGAAACGGUUGGACAUCGCCGGCCGGACGGUAACGGAGAGGUUAAUAGAGCUUUUAGGGAGAAGAGGAUACGCGGUUGGACGCACGAACGACGUGGAUUCGAUUCGGGAGAUGAAAGAGAGCGUGUGUUUUGUCGCGAAGGAGAGGAAAAGAUGGUUGCGUUUGGCGAGGGAGACGACGGCGUGCGCCGAGUCGUACGAGUUGCCCGACGGGAGGAGGAUUAAAGUAGAGAGCGAACGGUUCAUGGCGCCGGAAAUCAUGUUUGAACCGAGUCUAGUGGGCGUGGAAAGCGUAGGGGUGAGCGAGUUGGUUUUCGAGUGCCGCGGGUCGACCACGUUUCCUGGAUUCGGCGAACGGUUAAAGAAGGAUUUAAUAGACUUGUAUAAAGAACGAAUAUUGAAAAGCGACCCGAACGCGAACGUAGAAAAGUUUGUGAAUCGAGUAAACGUGGAAACGCCGGCGGAUAGAAAGUAUAGCGUGUUCGUCGGCGGCUCGGUGUUGGCGAACAUUAUGAAAGACAACGAUAAGUUUUGGGUGACCAGACAUGAGUACGAAAAAUUAGGAAUAACGAAAGCGCUGAGAAAGUGCGAAGGAACGUUUCACGAAUAG